GGAACGUUGUUUUCUUAUAGAUUUCUAAAAAGACUUAUCUUCUCACAAAGUAAAAACAUCGAAAGGAGGCAGUAAUUAAAUUACAGAUGGUCUAAAUUAUUUUCCUAUUUAUAGAUUUAUAAACUCGGAUAGUAAAAGUAGUCAGACCAGGUUCGAAUUCCUUUAUCUACGGAUUAAUAAUACACACUAGAAAGACAAUGAUCUAUUUUUUUUAUUUAAGCUAUUCUGUGUGGACAAUUAAAACAGAUAAUAACUGGUCGCGCUUUAACGACGUCAUUUAUUAAUCAGUCGAUUAAUUUUCCGAGAGGUAUUAAGUGUGUAAAUCGAAGUGUCAGAAAGUUUGUAGUUGGGAAAUAGGUAAAGGAGCGCGGAAAGUUUCGUCUUUUCUCAUCAUUGGUCGUUUGGUGGAGCGGCAAACUGCAAAAUGGGACAGGCACACGUAAGACGAGCAGUUGGUGCAGAAGCCAUGGGUUUCGUACGAAGAUUAACCGCUACAGCGUUAUUUUUCGCGUGUUUUAAAUUCGCUUACAGCUUUCCCGACGGUGCACCGGCCGAAGCUUGCGAUUCUCUCCUACCCAGACACGCCGGAACAUCUCCCAGUCCCGUGGCAGAGUCUCCUUACGUCUUCGUAGCUUCCGACGACAAAUAUUCCUACAAAAAUCCGCAACCCAUCAAAGUCGAGAUCUACGGAGCUCCUUUCAAGGGAUUUUUAGUGGCCGCCAUCGAUCCCCACACGGGAGAACGCAUAGGAAAUUGGAUCAAAGGAAAGGGAACGGGAAUUCUACCGUGCGCCGCGAUAACCCAUUCGGACGGAAGGGAUAAAAAACACGUUAUAUUAAUUUGGACUCCUCCUAAAGACAAAGCGGAAGGAAACGUCGUCUUCGUGGCCACCAUUCUUCGAUCCAAGUCGCUGUACUACACUGGACAAGUAGCCGGCCUGGUGGGCAAUGCGGCUUACCGAUAUUAUUAUUAAUUCCUCUGUCCGCAACGAAAUUAAUUAUUCGUCCUUUUAUUUAUCCAUGCGUUUAAUAAAUUGAAAACGAGACGAAGCGAUAAUUAGUCUUGGAUUUGUAGCGCUGCCACCGCCCAUCGUCCUAGCUUAAUUAUUCGGCCGCGCACCGGUUAAACCGCCUACCGAAUCGUCGUAAUAUUUGUCGCGAAAUUCUCUUAAAUAUUUCCGCUUCCGUAUCGGAGGGGAAGAACCGGAUAUUUCCAUCGACCGCCACGUGGCUAACGGUUAUCCUGCCGCCGUCCGGAUGACAGCUAAUUAAAAUAAUAAAUUUAGUUUAACUUUUAUUCAUUUUUAAUAUAAAUUCCCGCAUUUUUCACGGUUAAAAAUUAAGAUAUUAAUUUAAAUAUAUUUAGUGCGGAAUCGGCCGGUCCGAGUUGGAAGGAGUCGACGAUAUAGGAAAUUGUAACGAAUUUAAUUUUUAUUAAUUGAUUUUUUCACAAUUUAUUUUGUUGGAACUUCUAUCGGUACAAAAUGGAAAAGUCCGUAAUAAAAACGAUAAAUGGGAGGCGAGAAGGGACGGGGAGGGUGAAAAUACGGUUUAAAGCUGCGGAAGUGUUUCUUACCGUGUUAAACGCACUUUUUAACGCCGGGGCUAAUACAAAAACGACAUUCGACAUUUCCGUUUUUCGGCGGAAGAAACGCGCCGAGGAUGGAGACUAAUUAAUUAAUAAAAAGAAGUUUUACGUCUGGUUAAAAGUGGCGGAUUUUUAAAUUGUCUGCCGAGAAGAGCCGCGUACGUACCCUGGCUUGGCCACCCGGUUGUUUCCGGAAAGAAUCCGACAGGAGUGCAUUGUGUUUUCCUCCGUCGAACCGAAAGAAGGUCAACGAGAAGAAAUUCGGUCGUUAACAGCACGUAAGAAUGUGUCGACGUCCAUUUUCCCACUCUUCCACACCGCCCACGCCCGGCGAGAAAGCGUUUGCGGAAAGAGAAAAAUGUCUAUUUUCUUUCUAUGUCAAAAUUUUAUUAUUUUCCGAUAAAAGUUUUUUACUUCGCUUAAAAAUUCCGCGGUUUAAACGUAUCUUAGAUAUUUUCCCGCGUAAUAUCCAAAGAGAAAACAAAAACUAGUCGAUUGGGAAAUACUCGGUAAAUUUAGAAAAGUAAAUAACAUAUUUUUCCAUUUUCGACCACCGGGAGUAAUGGGCGGAAAAAUCCUCCCGUAUAUUUUAAUACCCGUCUUAAUGUCUAGGCAUAUCGGGCUUUAGCCCUGUGGACUACGGGCUAACAAUGUCGAUAUCCGUUACAAAGACUUUUACCGAAUAUAUUACGCAAAGUCCGUAGCCAAGAAAUGCUAGACGUUAAGACAGGAAUUAAAACUUACGUUUUCGCUUGAUUGUUGUCGGAAAUGGAAAAACACGUUAUUUACUUUCUAAAUUACCGAGUAUUUCCCAAUCGAUCGAUAUUAUUACCCGAUCCGUAAUUACCAGAUUAAGAAAAGCUGUCUGCGGUAUAUUAUUUUACCAUCGACUAUAAUUAUUAAUAUAAAAAUUAUUGGCCUACUAUUUGCAUCCUUCCGUAGGACAAAAAUCCGAUUUUAGGCACGCCACGACGCGUAAAUACGCAUCGACGAUUUACUUUUCCUUUAUAAAUAAGUUACUUGGAAGGUGGGCCGCUACCGGGCCCGCGAUUUACUUCCCGCAGGUCUUAAAAAACGGGUAUCCGACGUCUUUUCGUCUGCGUUUUCUACUGGGGUGAAUUUGAAUAAUUGGCAGGGUUUAGAAGCUGAUAAAUUCCGGCGGACAAGAGAGUUCGUAGGUAAGUUAUGUGGACUUUGUCAUUCCGAAGGUCGGUCGACACUUAAUUAACACGCCGGCAAAAGUUAUCGUUAAUGGAAAUUUUCGAAAACGUUCGGAAACGGUUUCGUUAACGUAACAGAAAUACGGUAGAAUCCCGAUUAACGGGCACGUCCUUAGUCGGCCCGCUACUAUUCUCGUAGCGAAAUCACAAAAGAAACUUCCGGCCUUUUUUAUAUUUUGCCGUUUUUAAUCCGAAACGGCCGCGGCCCACCGCCCGACUGGGGUAAUCGAAUCUUAAACCGUUCAGACGCUGGUAGCACCGUAUUAUCGGAAAUUCGGUUAGGACGAAAGCGUGACUUACACACGACACUUAACAUAUAUCGUUACUAUCUGAAACAAUGAACAAAGAAGUUGGAAUGGAGAACAAUUACAGACAUUCGAGAAUCUUAGACGAUCGUAGACCCAAAUCUUAGUUAUAAAAUUCUGUUUGGCCCGGGACCCACCAGUGGCCGAGCGGUUCCGUUCCCCCAACACUGGGAGUUCAGCGGCCAGAUGGCCGAGGGGUCAAGGUGGCAGCCUACUGCUCUGGGGA